AUCAUUGUUAAUCAUCAUUCAUCAUUGUGUUGAGACAAACUUCACAGUCUCAGUAUAUCGUAAGGAUACGCACGAGCUUUUGACACCUCCCUGUCAAUUAAGCCCUAGCUACUGUGGGAACAAGCCAAGCAGUUCCCAAUUGAGCUUACACCACUUCCCAAAGAUUAGUGGAAUCGGUGUGGUAGCUCAGCAUCCAGGUUGUCUGCUUCUCGAGUCGACUCGGAGCUGCCAACAAGAAAGUCAUAUCAAUCGAUUGCGUGGCGAAUCGAAUUGACUCUGUCCCUGGAACCCGAAGAGCAAUUGUUAGAUCAAUUGAGAAAGAGAAGAGAAAAAGGGGAAGGGUGAUAUGAGCUAGCCGCCAAUACGAGCAACCAAUAUCAAUCAAUCAACAACUCAACAUCAAUUAGACAGUAUGGCUUGGAACUCUGCCGCGAUGCCAAUUCAGGGGUUCACCGUCUUCCAGACUGCGCCGGGCGCCGUUCUGUCGUUUGUUCCCGCCAUGGGUACCGCCGAGCUUGACCAGCUCAUUGACGCUUAUGUCGUCCAGGCCGCCACGCUCCAGGAGAAGCGGGCAAUUGUCAGCAUGGAGUUCUUCACCCACAACGCCCUGACCAACCAAACACAUCUCUUUUUCCCGGUUAACAACCCCUUCAACUAUGUGGCUGGGGUUACCGGCUCUCCCGCCUCGAGCCUCGUCGACUCCGGCUACGGUUCUUCUUUCAACGUUUCCCCUGUGGCUCAGGAGAUCAUGACUCCCGCCUCCUCUGCUCCCGCAACUCCAGUAACUGUUCUGCAGCCAGCAGCAACCGCACAGCGCAAGAACCGUGUGGCGAAGCCCAAGGCAAAGGCCACCAAGAAGUCUGCCUCGGCUGCAUCUCGCGCCUUUGCACACGACUUCACUGGCAUGCCGGGCAUGCAGAUUCUGACCAAAGACGGAGUAGAUGUGACCAACUCGGCACGGGGCGGAAAGACAAAAGAGGACCGUGAGCACGCACACUUGAUUCGUUUGCUGAAGUCUUGCCCGACCUGCAAAAAGAAGAAAAUCCGCUGCGAUCCUUCUCACAAGCGGGAUCUCCCCUCAAAAUCAGCCGCCCCUGAGGUUCAGCCGGCAGUGAAGUCAAGGGCUGUCGCUGCACCAUCUCCAGCAUCAUCGCAGGCUAGCAAUGAUGCUGCACAAGCCACGAAUGCAUUGAAAAUUGCACAGCCGGCUGGAGAUUUCAUGGACUCAUUAGACUUCAACUUCGGCCUUGACGUCACCGACAUCGACAACUUCUUGAGCUUUGGUGCGGAGGCCACGGAUAACAUGGACUUUAGCUUCCUCAUGGACGAGCAGGCCUUGUUCACCCCGGCCACUCCUAACACGGUGUCGCCUGUUCUUCGUAACUACGCCAGCUUCUCACCGACACAGUCGUUUAUGACAUCGAAUGUUGCCAACGUCGGGGGCGAACAGGCAGCUCAGCUUCCUUACCUCCAGUCGGAUGGACACGUCGACAACUACGUCGACUUUACACUCUUCUCGCCGGCUUCUAGUCCGCUUGGCGAGGAGCCUCAAGAGAUGCGCUCGGCGCACCCCUCGCCGGUCGAGGAAGAGCUGCGGAAUUCAGAGAGUCCUCGUCAACGUGGCUCUGGCAUGACAGAAAGGACAAGGUCUGGAUCCGGUGUUGUUAGUAGGGCACGGUCACCACUGUCUCCUGUUCUCCCUCAGAUUGGCAUUCCUUUUGUCAACUUCUUUACUGUAGGCCCAGAAACCGGGCACGACCUCGUAGAUAGCGUUGCCAACACUGUUCGCGUGAAUACUGCUGAUGGAGGGACUCGCCACGGAGGGACCGAUCACGGCGGCUCAGGUCUUGGGGGUACAGGUCAUGGCGGUCCAGGUCAUGGCGGUUCAGGUUAUGGCGGGGGAGAAUUUGCCGGCGGGGCCGGAGUCAUACCACAAGGACUCGGACUGCCUCUCGAUAGGAUCAAACCUCGGCAAAGCGGCGCCUCUACGGACGUCGUUCGCUCCGCGGUUACUGUCGCAGGCGAAACCCAGCAACAGUCGGCUCAGUCAGCCCACCCUCACCGCGUUGCCUACGCAUCGACAGACGGCGUUCGCUCCACAACUACCAUCAAUCCGGCAGACCAAUUACAGUGGCGCUUGUCAGCGCAGCCUCAACGCGCUACCGGGACCUCGACUGGUGGCGUCCUCUCGAAGGAUGUUAUUGCAGGCGAAGACCACUCGUCGUCGGCUCGGUCAACGCACCUUCAACGCGUUGCCUUGGCCUCGGCGGAUGGCGAUCGCUCGCGGGAUGUCGGCAAAGAACAAUCGCAGUCGACCCUGUCAACGCAACCUCAACGCGUUGCCGGGACUUCGGCUGUGCUGCAACUUCAGCAACAACAACAGCAACAACAGACUACUCAGCCCCACGAUCAGCAGUCAUGGUACAGUAGUAGUGGCUCGAGUCUAGAUAUUCGCCCGGCAACAUCGAGCACCAACGCGCCAAUUGUUCAAGUCAAGUCAGAAUCACCCGUGCGACGGGUGCCUAUGACCUCGACGAUGCAACAGAUUCCGAGAACCUCGGACGUCGCAGUACCGAGAGACACCGCUGCUGAGAUACGCGUUACCGGACAGUCCGGGACGCACUCCGCGCCGCUUUCAUCAAGAAACAUAACCAUCAUCGAUACCGAACCUCAAGAUCGGGUCGAGAUUUCGAUUCGUGCUCCGGUUACGGAUGCACAAGUCGUGUAUUCUUCGAGCGUCGCUGGAGCAGAGCGUCAUCGUCGUCGCGAGGACUCUGUCCAACAAACCGGCGCAGCAGGUGGAAGCGUUCAGCAACGCGCUUCAACCGCAGAGACCUUAACAACUCUGGCCCACGCUGGCCUGGCUGGCGUGACUCAGUCGCAAGUCCCACGAUCGACACCCUGUCCACCUCCACAUGGACUUUGGAUAUCCCAGAAUGCUGCGCUCGGCUCUAGUGACCAAGAUGAGAUUGAAGGUCCCGUGGUGGCGAGGACUCAAACUUCGUCUGCCACAAAGCCUGUUGCGAAGAGGACGGAUAUCGACAGCUUCGCGGCGGCGAGGAAGCAAACCUCGUCUGUCGUGACGCCUGCUGUGAAGAUGACGAAGACGACAACGACGUCGUCAACCACGAACGUGACCAUGACUUUGGCCAAACUCAGGACAGCGGCUGUAUCACUUCAAGAUGCAUUGUUCAACCUCCUACUGGCCGUAGGCACCGUACUCAUGUUUGCAGCAGUCAUCCAGCAUCUGCAUGAUGCACCUCUCAGCAUGUCGAAGCUCGCACUGUCCAUCUCACCACUAGUGCUUCGACACAUGUUGCCCGCCUUGCCAUCGCAGGCUUCACCGUCGUCGCUAUUUUCCAGCAUUCGAAAAGAAGCAUCGACACUCGUGCAGCGGCCUGCCGCACUGUGUGUCCUGGGCUAGGCGAUUUUGAGCUCCAAUGGGAUAUUUUUUGCAUGGGAUUUUUGCCUAAUUGAUUUAUUAAUUGUUACCACCAACCUAUGAUUUGUAUGAAGCGAUUCAUGAUGCGUUGCUUGCCACUUGCUUGAAGCCAGCAAGCUGGUUCUGUAUAAGACCAGAUAUUAUAAUACACUUUAAUACGUGUG